AUGGAAAAUCUUUCCAUAGCCGACAAUGCGCCCCCUCCGCAGGGUGGGCAACCGCCAAUGGGGCCCGGAGGACCGGCGCAACCACCACCUCAACUUCCUCCACAAAUGUUCACUACUGCUGCCCAACUGCUGGACUUGACAGACAAGAAGCUGAUGCUGUCGUUGCGAGAUGGGCGGAAGUUGAUUGGCAUCUUGCGAAGUUGGGACCAGUUUGCCAACUUGGCUCUGCAAUCCACCACCGAACGAAUCUUUGCGCCACAGCCAGAUGCCCCGGCCGACCAACCGCGCGGCUAUUUCGCCGACGUGCCCCACGGUCUCUUCCUCGUCCGAGGCGAGAAUGUCCUGCUGCUGGGCGAGAUCGACCUGGACAAGGACGACGACCCGCCGCCAGGCUACGAGAGGGGCGAGUUGGCCAUGGUGAAGAAACUGGCGGAAGAGAGGAAGACCCUUGACAAGGCCAGGGAGAAGAGGCGAUUAAAGAAGCUCACAAGCAUAGGUUUCGAGGGGGAGAACCUGGGGGAUAUUGUAUGA